AUGAUCUACAACCUCGUCCGCAAAAGCGGCAUUCCAGUACUGGCUUCUCUCGCGUCUGAUGGUGCAUCACAAUGGCCAUGUUGCUUAGCCGUCAAAUAUCUCGAGGCGCGCAUGCAAGCCACUAUCUCUUUACAAUACUCACUGCCCAUCCAAGGAUUUGACGACAAGCAAACCUUCACCCUGCUUUACAAUGCUGACAAUCUGGUGCCCGGCAACACUUCGGUCCAGCUCCCGCCCACCAGCCUUCCACAGGAUCGGCUGCAUGAUAUUGCUCGGCAGGGAAAUGCCCAUUUGAAAAUGUUGUCUUUGACCCUCAAGGCACCUUGCCCUGUCUGGUGUCCUCCAUCGCCCGGCCCAAUAUUGCCCAAGGAGGGGUUUGGUGCCGCCUUUGCUCAGUUCGUUAAGCUCGCCAGUGCAACUCAGAUACAUAUCUUAUUUGACUGGAACUGGCUACACAAGGACCAUUGUGCUCGAUUCGAGCACCUCAUCAGACAUCCGGAACAGCUGACUGGGAUACCGGUGGAUCCGUCCUCGGCAAGACAUUUCAAGCUAGCAGACUGGUCCGUCUUGGGUCCAGUAGAUGAUAUCGCGUCCGAAGCACCUCCCCCAUAUAUCGAAGCGUCUAAGAAACGUCCAAGACAAGUCACAACCAGCCCAUCACCUGAACCAUCUUUAAAGCGCGCGCUGCUUUCGUCUACGACAUGUCUAUUAUCAUCACCGACCGAAAAGGCGUCAGCAGUAUCGGUGUUAGCGCCGAGCCCCAAACUACGUUCGCCCUCUCCCAUCACCAGCGCGCCUGAUUUCCAAGAUGCAAUCAAGAACACACUGGAAACAUUGCUCCCGCAAAUGCUUCAGGCGAUACUACCAGAUAUGCUCCCACGUGUGCUUGUUGCCCCUGACUCAUCAUCACCUUCAUCAUCACCUUCCCGGUCAACUCCAAAGCCAAAACCAAAACCAAUAUCCUCACUCGGCAACUUGCUAAAUGCCCACGCAACCGCUCGCCUCGAAGCUCAGCUUGAAGAAAUAUACGCCCAGACACUCGACCAUGCAUCGCAACUUCGCAGCGCGGCUGACGAUGAGUUUCACGAGCUACUUGAGGAGCAGAAGCUUGAUGUGGUCAUGAUCAAGGAAGACAGCAUCACGGAGCUGAAUCGUGUGUUUGACGAUAAGCUGGCUGAGUUCAAGGAGAGCACGGCGGACAUGGUGGAUGAGAUGGAGAAACGUGUUGAGUUGGUUUAUGCAGAUGUUUGUGAGAGGUUGGAUGAGCUGGCGAGCAAGAAGGUCGAGAUUCAAAGUCGGCGAGGAGACGUUGAGAAGACCAAGGACUUUCUCAACGUCACAAGAUCAAGAGAUAUACAAGAUCGAGGUCGACGGGCAGUUUCAUUACCAUUAUGA